AUGUCUCAGUCUGCUACUGCUACGGCAACAGAAGCAUCGUCUAACGGGAAACAACAAGUUUAUCCAGAAGUGGAUUUGAAACAUGCUAACAUCCUAGCGACAGGGUUGGAUAAAAAACAACUUAGAGUCGUCAAUGGGUUGGGUAACCUCAUGGGUACAAAAGAGGUCACUGACGUUCACAUCGAUGAGUUGACUGGGAAACCUAUCUCACAGAAGGAGAGGAAACAUAUUUCAGAGCAACCAUGGACUUUGGACAACUGGCAUCAACAUCUUAACUGGUUGAACGUUAUCCUUGUCGUGCUUAUCCCACUGGCAGGGUGGGCAGUCGUUUUCUCUGGGUUGAUCCCAUUACACAGAAACGUCCUGUACUUCUCCGUUUUCUACUUCGGUUUAGGUGGGAUCUCAGUCACAGCCGGUUACCACAGAUUAUGGUCUCAUCGUUCGUACAACGCAGCCUGGCCACUAAGAGCCCUUUACGCCUUCUUCGGUGCCGCCUCAGUCGAGGGGUCCGUGAAAUGGUGGGGCCACUCGCACAGAAUUCAUCACAGGUACACGGACACUCCAAGAGACCCCUACGACGCUCGUCAGGGGCUCUUCUACUCGCACAUGGGGUGGAUGAUCGUUAAACCAAACCCAAAGUAUAAGGCAAGAGCGGAUAUCUCUGACUUGCUGGAAGACUGGGUAGUUAGAUUCCAACACACACACUACAUCAUCAUCAUGUUGCUGAGUGCCUUUGUCGUCCCCACUUUGGCCUGCGGGUACUUCUUCAACGAUUACUGGGGUGGGUUCCUGUACGCAGGUGUCAUUAGAGUGUUCUUGAUCCAACAGGCCACUUUCUGCAUCAACUCAAUGGCUCACUACAUCGGUACUCAACCAUUCGACGACAGAAGAACUCCAAGGGAUAACUGGAUCACUGCGCUGUGCACUUUCGGUGAGGGGUACCAUAACUUCCACCACGAGUUCCCCACCGACUACAGAAACGCUAUCAAAUGGUACCAGUACGACCCUACAAAGAUCCUGAUCUACACGACAUCCCUGUUGGGGCUUGCUUGGGAUUUGAAGAAAUUCUCUCAAAACGCAAUCGAACAAGGUAUCCUACAACAGAAGGAGAAGAAACUGAACCGUGAGAGAAGCAAACUUAACUGGGGCCCCUCAUUGAACAACUUGCCCGUCUGGGACAAAGCAGAGUUCGAGAGGAACUUAUCUCAGAACCCUAACCUUGUCGUCAUUGGUGGGAUCAUCCACGACGUCACUGGGUUUGUCGAGGAGCACCCAGGUGGUGCACCACUGUUGAACGACGCCCUGGGCAAAGACGCCACAACUGCGUUCACAGGUGGUGUGUACCGUCACUCGAACGCGGCACAUAACGUGCUAGCCAACAUGAGAGUAGCGGUCGCCUCGGAGAAAGUGAACGCAGCGUACCUUUUCGCUGGAAGAAGAGGUGAACGUUACGACAAAAAGGUGAACUGA